AUGGCAGUGAACCUCACUGGUGCUGCAGCCACCUGCCAUCCAUCUCCCAUUCCCCCUGGGAAGGACGGGACCGUCGGAACAUCAGCCGCGGAGAGGGAAACGCUGCUGAGAGCCCGGAAGGCGGGGGACCUGAUGCCCAGGACGCUGGAGGGGCAGAUCACCAUGGAGAAGACCCCCAGCUACUUCGUCACCAAGGAGGCCCCCGCCCGCAUCUCCUCCAUGUCCAAGGGCACGAAGCUCAUCGUGGUGGUGCGGGACCCCGUGACCAGAGCCAUCUCGGACUACACCCAGACGCUCUCCAAGAAGCCCGACAUCCCCACCUUUGAGAGCCUGACCUUCAAAAACAGGACUACGGGCCUGAUCGACACCUCGUGGAGCGCCAUCCAGAUUGGCAUCUACGCCAAGCACCUGGAGAACUGGCUCCUCUACUUCCCCAUCGGGCAGAUCCUCUUCGUCAGCGGGGAGAGGCUGAUCAGCGACCCCGCGGGGGAGCUGGGCAGGGUCCAGGACUUUCUGGGCCUCAAGAGGAUCAUCACCGACAAACACUUCUACUUCAACAAAACCAAGGGGUUCCCGUGCCUGAAGAAGGCGGAAGGCAGCAGCAAACCCCACUGCCUGGGGAAGACCAAAGGCAGGACCCACCCCGACAUCGACCAGGAGGUGGUGCAGAGGCUGCGGGACUUCUACCGGCCCUUCAACAUGAAGUUCUACCAGAUGACGGGGCAGGACUUUGGCUGGGACUGAGGCUGAAAAAAAAAAAUAAUUUAAGAAAAGGAAAAUAUAAUAUAAUAUAUAUAUUUUUUUUACGUAUCAGUAGAGAGGGGCGAAAUACAGAAAAAAAAAAUAAUAGUUGUGCCGAAACA